GAGAAUUGAAAAAACAGUUUUACCGACAUAAAAAAGUUAUGUUCAAAGUAAUUGCUUUUUGCCUAACGGUUGGCGUAUUGGGUAAUGUCUGCGCCCAUCGAGUGGUUGAGGACAGGGAUUACGUACUAAAAGCCUUUCAGGCGGCCGGAGGUUUCGAUGGCUUUCAAGACAUCCAAGUAUUUCGCGACAAUUACAAGAAAUCUGUGGACAAGUCUUUGGCCGAAUUGCCCGCGAAUAUCAAACAGUUUCUCAUAACGAAGGCCGACAAGUCUAACGGCGAGGGAUGGGUCUCUAAAUUGGCGUCCCAAUAUCUAGAGUUCGUGACGACCGGCAAUAGAGUGCACUUCGAGACCACGGAUACCAACCGUAGGGUACAGUUAGUGAAUCUGGUUAUCGGCGAACUGUUGACCAGAAACGGCACUUAUAUGAAGCAAAUUGUCAAUGGAUUGUGGCUUAUACUGGAGGAGAGCAGUUGGGAAACACCCGCACACAUGAAUAUACAAAAGGCCGGUCCGGGACUGCCCGACCCGGAACAGCCAAUCAUCGACCUUCGGGUGAGCGAAAUGGUGUCCACCGUUGCGAUCAUCAAACUCUUGUUGCGCGAAGAGUUGACCAAAAUGAACAAACAGGGAAUGUUUAUCAAACGUAUUGACCACGAGCUGAAACAGCGGCUCAUUUUACCAUAUUUGAAUUACGACGACUACUUCUGGCUCGGGUUGAAGGGCAACAAAGUGAACAAUCAUAACUCGUGGAUCAACUCAAACAUCUUGCGCGCGGCGCUGUUGGCCAUCGACGACCGGACAGCCCGGCAUCAAGUGGUCAACCGUAGUAUCUAUAGUAUAGACAAGUUUAUCAAUUGGUAUCCGCGCGACGGCGGCUGCGAUGAGGGGCCGACUUAUUGGGGUUGGGCCGGGGGUCGGCUCGUCGACUAUCUGGAACUGCUCGGCGAUGUCAGCGGCGGUAAAAUCGAUUGGUCCACGAAUAAGCUGCUGGAUCUGAUCGGCACAUUCAUCUACAAAGUGCAUAUCGCCGACAAUCGGUACGUGAACUUUGCCGACGCGCACGCCGUCGUAGAGCCGGAACAGUCGGCUGUCUAUAAAUACGGUCACCUCUUCAAGGAUGAGACAAUGAAACACUUCGCCGCAUACGUCGGUCAACGCGAGGACAACUACGAGUCGGUGAAGUCGGUGUCCGACUUCUUGGGCUCGCUGUCCAUAUUUGUGUCGACUCUCGUGUCGUACGCGAGGGGCGGCACAAACGAUGAAAGCCAUAACCACAACGAUGUCGGCAAUUAUAUCGUAUACGUGUCGGGAAAGCCGUUCAUCAUUGAUGUCGGUGUCGGCGUCUAUACGAACGAGACGUUCGCCAAAGACCGGUAUAAGAUAUGGUCGAUGCAAAGCCAGUGGCAUAACUGCCCCACAAUUAACGGUGUGAUGCAGAAGAAUGGCAAGCAAUACGUGGCCCGCGAUGUUGUCUAUAAGACAACAGCCGAUACCGUGGAGUUUAGCGCCGAUAUCGCCGGCGCCUAUCCCUCGGAGGCUGCGGUCAAGUCCUAUAAGAGACAUAUAGUGUUCGACCGAAAGCUCAACACAAUUACAGUGAGAGAUGAUUACGAGCUGAAGAAGUGGUUGAAGCCAUUGAACGCCCAUUUUAUCACACAUUUGAAGUCCGAGACGAGAAGCGCCGGUAGUGUUGUGUUAACCGACGCGGACAACACCCGACUGGCCAUGAAGUACGAGUCGGAUGUGUUUGAUGUGGUCGUAGACACGCAUGUGAUUGACAAAGAGGACACUCUUCUGAGGGAUGUUUGGGGCGAUUCUGUCCACAGAAUUACAUUAGUUGAUAAACAGUCAGAUAAGCUCAAGUCGACGUUUGUUACCACGUUCUCAUUGCCCUAA